UUUUGUAAAAAGUUAUUAAGAAAAAGAAUGAGCGAAAAGGUGGAGCCAGAGUCCUCGGCGUCAAUCCAAGAAAAUAGCAACCUUUUAUGUGAUGAACAAAUAGAACAACGCUUAUCCUCAGAAUUAUUUAAUGAAAGAAUGCCUUCAGUUCUUGAAUUUCACAGAAAAUAUCUGAUCGACCGACAAAGUUCUAAAUUUCGAACAGAAUUGGAGGCUGAAGAUGUAAAAUUAGUAAAUGGAUUGGGUCAAUUAUCUGCCGAUAAAUUAAUGGAUUAUGUUAAAGGAUUACAAACAAGCGCUGUGUCACUUGGAAACGAAGAAUCUUUACAAUUCACAAGGGCGAAAUUAUUAAAAGUUUUUGAGGAAUGA